AUGAAAUACACAAUCCUAUUGGCAUUGUUUGUCCUCGUGGCAUGCUCUCUCAGAGUUGAACUUGAGAGGAAUGAUCUUGCUGAGAACAGAAAAUCUGACCUCAUUGCUGCUGUUGCUAACGGAAACAUGACUCUUGUCUCCGAUGAGCAAAUUAACAGAGCUAUCAGAGGAGAUUAUACUCCUUUGAAGAUGAACAUCGACAACCACGACCAAUUGAAGAACCCAUCAAUUGACUUGGAAAACUAUCAAGAUCUCCAAUACUCAGGACCAUUGACUGUCGGAGAACAAAAUGAAGUCUUCGAUGUUGUUUAUGAUACCGGAUCAGGAUGGAUCUGGGUAAACGGAAAGGGAUGUGAUGGAUGCUCAGACUCUAAGCAUCAAUUCGACCCAUCUACCUCUAGCACUUUCAAAUCUACUGGUGAGGAGAAGACUUUGAGUUACGGAAAGGGACAAGUUUCAGGAGUUAUUGCCACCGAUUAUCUCGGUCUUCCAGGAACUAAGGGAUCCAGAACUAAGUUCAUCCCAGCCACCUCAGGAAAGGAUAACCAAGGUAUGCAAUCUGCAGGAAUUGUCGGACUUACCCCAGUUGCAACUAGCGGAGAAGAUCUCCUUGUCGAUGCUAUGGCUGAGAGCGGAGUCAUUGAUUCCAGAGAAUUCACCACCUUCAUCGCUCAUACAGACCAAACAUCAUACAUUGAAUUCGGAACUAACCAAGCUUCUGACAGCGAAAUUACUUGGGUUGACCUCAAGAAAUUGCCAAGAACAGAUGGACUCAUCUACUGGAGUACCGAUUUCGAUGCCUUCCAUGUUGGAUCUCACAAGCUUGACUUGACUUACACUAGUACUAUUUGGGACACUGGAACCUCAUUGAUCGGAUUCAACCCACAAGACUUAGCCCAAGUUAUCAAAACUCUCGCUAAUGGAAAACAGAUCUACAACGUUCAGGACCAAUUCUACGCUGUCGAGUGCUCAGGUGCCUCCGAAGUCUCCGGUCUUGACUUCGAUUUCAACGGAAGAACCAUCAGCGUGCCAUCUACCGAAUUCGUUAUCGAAGAUUCUGGAUACUGCAUCUUCUUGCUCAUGCAAGUUCCACUCCCAGGAGCUCUCCUCGGAGACAGCUUCUUGAGAGGCCUUGAGAUCAUCCACGACCAGGAAGGACUCAGACUCGGUGUUGUUAACUAA